UCAAAGUGUGCACAUGAUGGGGCACGGGGAUUCCUUCUCUUAGUUCAUAUUCUCUUGYCCAAAGACGACAACGACCACAACCACGGAAGACCCACGAACUGAAUACUCGUUUCAUUAUAUAAAAUGGUUAUAGGCUUUGCUAUUCGAUGCAUCAUAAGAGGUGCCACUUGUCUCACUGGCCUUCUACUGCGGCGCCAACAACGAAGGAGAGAAAUUGCAAGACUAGAAGUCGAAUUUCUAAAAGGGAAAAUGAUACGAUCGCUAACAUUCUUUCAACAAGGUCUAGAAAUCCUCACUGAGUAUUUGAGCAGUUUAGAUGAAAAUUGGAUGGAAGACGACUGCAGAAAUAAGUGGAACAGCUUUAUCCAAAACGUGAUGAAGGCAAGCAGUAUGGCAAAUUUUACGCAUAUACCACACGUGUGUUAUGCUCUAAGAAAGGUUAUUCCAUAUCUGUCCCUGAUYAAAGAUAAAGUAGAUCCCGAAAAUCCAGCCUUCGUCAGGGCAAAGGAAGCUUUCAAAUGCUCCUCUUUAAUUGCCUCAGCCGUAUUUCAAUCUACAGAAGUCAGGAGUUUCAAUCACGUUUUCUUCUACAGCUUUGCCACUGCGAUGAGGGUUAAUGCAGCCAUUUUGCAGUAUUUUACAAGCCCGGAACUGUUAGCUACAGUUGUUAGUGGACACAUCGAGCAGUUACAGUUCAGCCCCAUCUUUGAGAAAUUUAUCCGUACAGAAAAGUCAAGGACCGCUACCAAUCUGCCAGUUACAGUCCAAUGCGUUUCUCAACUGCUCAUUCUUGGAGCAAGCUUGGUUCCACUUUUUAGACCGCAAGACAAAGAGCCGUUUCUCAAUAAAUUACACACGAGUCGUACCUCCAACUUAGCCAGUUUGAUUGAUCAGUAUUGUGUCAUUUAUCAGACGCCAUUUGGUCAUCAAGGUGUUUCGGACGAGGAAUUGGAUGGACCAACGAGUAUCGCAGUGAACAGCGAAGAUCUUGUUAUCGUAGCUGAUUCAAGAAACCAAAAGAUAAAGGCCAUGAACGCCACUGGGAAAUUCCUAUGGCAAUGUGACCCCCUGCCAGAAGACCCGGGUAGCAAUGUACCCCUCGCCAUAGCAACCAACCAACAUGACGAAAUAUUUGCCGUAUUCUACAAAGAGAGUACGAAGGUGAACACGAUUGUCAAGUUCGAUCAAAAUGGAGGGUUUGYGUGUUCCUUCGAUACCAGAUAUUGCUUUAGAGAUGUGAGGCAAGAUGUGAUUCCGUGUGGGAUGUCAAUCAGUUCAAGAGGUGACUUAUAUCUAGGAGACGAGGGGAAUGGGUGUAUCUACACUUUGGAGCCAGAUGAGGCAUCUCUUUCACUACGAAAAGUCAUGCAAACGUCUAAUCUUGGAUCCCAUUUUUCUUUCUGUCUUGGUCCAAAUAACGACCUGAUCGUUGCUACGAGAACGGGGGUGAUCAUAUUCCACGAAGAUGGCAGGGUGCUAAAGAAGAUGGCGUUCAAAUUGCACAAGGCGAACAAAGUCAAAGACUGGAAGCCUCUGGCAGUAACGUACGACGCAGAUCUCAAACAUGUUCUUAUCAUCACAGCUGAURAAUUAACAAUCGCCAUGGGAUGUUUCUUAUCGAAGACUGUUCAUCUCAAGCCGAUGAUAUGGUUUGUAUCCACCGAAUCAUAUGCCCUGGUGAGCAACGUGGAAUUUCCACUACGUGACAUUGAUAAUACCAACGGGCGGUUCGAUAUGGCGACAGGAAGAAACGGAUUGUGGUGCGUGACCGAGGCAACACACAGAAUCCACUGUUUUACAAUGAUGUACCAUGUUAUCAAGCCAUAGAAUGGCACAACUAUAUGACGAACAUUGAUUUCGUAUUUACGGGUAAAAAACUGUUGUUUUACAAUGAUGUACCAUGUCAUCAAGCCAUAGAAUGGCACGACUAUAUGACAAACGUAUGUUUGAUUAUUAAAAUUUGGCUAUCCAGUGCGGACACCACAAAUUUAUGAUUUCAUUUUGCUCUUGUUUUUGUUUGUUUGUAUUAAAACAAUUAGUUAAUAUUACUUGGUAUGAAUAAGUAGAUUUAGUAUUAUGCCAUACGAUUGAUCCAAUCAAAGGCGGGACGCUGCACAUCCAAUCAAUUCACGUGAACGCAAAACCAUCACUUACUCCAAGCCAAUCGAUCAAGAGGGUAAGCAUGCGUACUCGUGUAGGAGUUAGAUAAUCAUUGCUUAGGUUUAGGUGUAUUUACUAAUCAUAYUGAUAUUUUGGUAAAAGCUGUAUCAGUGAUAUAUAAAAUUCAAGUACAGAAUAAAGGCUCUAAAUUUAUCGUA